AUGAGUGGCCACCCGCAGAAGAUCGGUAAUUAUCGGGAGAAGCUUCGUGCCAACCAGCGGAAGAUUGGCACCCUCUGGGAGGAACCCGAUGACUAUCGCAAGAGCCCUCGGUCUCAAUCUCAACCUCAACCUCAGCCACCGGAUAUCGCCGAAGGACUCUGCCUGCUAGAAAGGGCGCGAGAACAAGCCGAAUCUCAGCCGGAUAUGGAGGAAGAACUCCGCUUGUUAGAAAAGGCAAGGGCAGAGAUACUCAAUUGGCGUGACAAGGCUAUAGCUAUCCUACGCCAGGAAUCGAGGGAAGACUGCCAAGAAGCCGUCAAAGCAUUGGAGAGAGGUGCAUGGAUGAUGCUCGCCGACUUGGAGGAGGCUGAUACUUCGCCGCUGGCCCAGGCUGAGGCUGAGGAUGUUUCUGAUAAAUGGACGCCCGAAGAUGAAAUGACAUUGCUGCUCCUUAUAGAAAAAGAGUCGAGAGUCAAUAGAGAGAAGGCCAGAUCUCUACUGGCUCAACUACCGAGCAAUAACAGCCAAACCAGGAGCAUCCGCAAGAAAAUUUGA